AUGGCAUCACACGACUCUUUCUCCGACAUUGAGCAGCGAAACCGGCUGCCGACCCUUUUCGAGGUUCUGAGUCGUCGCACUUUGGCACCUGUCGAUCUCUUCUCGUUCUACAUUUACAUGCGUGAUCAGCAUCGUUCUGUAGAUUACCUUGACUUUUGGCUCGAUGUCUCCCAACACAUGUCACUUUGCCGUCACUAUGUCCGAGAGCUUCGCCGGUCGGUCUUGGUCGCAACGCCCGACAUGGAGAGAAUCGACAGCCGUGGAUCCGCAAUGCUGGAAAAUCUGGAAAGCCUGGGCGACAUCCCACUAGUGGAGGCUGGUCCUUCCCGGAUGCAUCAGAAUGAGAAGGAUCGUGAUGCUGAUCAUCGACUUUCUGCUUUCCUUCGCUCAGAGGGUCAUACCUCUCACUCCCCUCAAAAUAGUGUUGGAUCUCAACAGUCCGGUCUCGACCGCAGGCCUAGUAGCGGCAACGGAAACGGGGUGGAUUCGAAUUCUCCGGGUCAUACAGUUGGCCGUCACGACAUUCGAGCCAGCGCGGAGAAGAUCCUCUACACCUAUCUGUUACCCGGCGCUGAGCGAGAAAUCGUCUUGCCAGAAGCCAUGGUCUCGACCUGCAUCAAUCUGAUCGAGGAUGAUGGCCGUGACGACCCGCAAGUGUUUGACUCGGCGAAGGACUAUGUCUUUCAAGCCAUGGAGCGCGAUGCCUUUCCGGGGUUCUUGCAGGCCAAGGCCCUGGGGAACCUGGUGCCGCUUAGCAUCAUUGCCCGCUUGGCCUUUGCUUUGAUCUGUUUCGGUGCCGGCUUUUGGGCUGCCUUCUACGUGGUCCUCCGCAAUGAACCUCGCCAUGUCCGCUGCUGGGUCAUCUUACCCUUUGCCAUUGCAUCAUACUUUAUUGUCUCCUACCGGUACAAGAUCGAUCCGGUCAUGGCGUUUUUGGGGUACAGCGAGUACACUUUUAUGAACUGGGGCGUGAUUCGCGAGCCUUAUGUUCGGAAACUCUUGAACAAGCGCGCUCUGAUCACUGCCUUGAUGUCCUUUAUCACCGCUGCUGCAUUGAGCAUAUUGUUCAUCUUUGUUCCUGGAACCAUGCUGUAA